AUGGAAAUAAAUGGCGAUUCAGCGAUUUCUCCAAGUAACGUGAUAACAGUUGCAGAUUCAGUAUGGAAAUUCAUCAAUAUGCCAAUAAUUCAUAUUUUUUCUCAUCUGGAAAAUCCUGCUACAGAACAGAUGCUGUGUUCUCUCUUAGAAUCUUUAUUAAGAAGAUCCUCUACUUUAAGUAGUGUAUUAGUUCCUCCAUUCAAUAAUGGUGUACCAGAUGAAACUCUGCAACAACAAUAUACAGCAUUUACAACUUGGUUGUUUGGUACAAUGUUUUAUUUGGUGUGUGUUCCAUCAAGCAAUGUAAUACUCUCAAAUAGUAUUGAAGUUCAAUCUUGUAUGCUCAGGAUACUGUCCAGACAUCAUUCCACAAUGUUUGAGGCUAUAAAUUCAGAAUAUUUAAAUACACUUAGUGAAAUAUCAGAGUUUUAUAUAAAUAGUACAGAUACAGAAGAAAUGACUCUCUCAAAGUUUCAUACAGAGAAAGAUAUCAUACAGAAUUUAGAUCUGACACCAUUUUCUGUAACAAUUAACUCAUCACAGAUGCUAUCAGUUCAAUCAUCUAUAUUAAAGAUAAUUAUGAAGUCUGGAGUGUUAAUUUGGGAUCGGAUAAAAUUGUGGGACAAAGCUAUAACAAUAGUUACUAAAUUUCCUCCAAAUUUAAAGAUUGAAGCAUUUCAACUGUGCACAGAAAUAAUAGAAGAUUGCGUCAUUCCCGAUCGAGAAUUUACAGCCUUAAUUUCAUACAGUCUAGAAAUAAUAAAAAGUAUUUCAACUUGGAUUAACUUAGGUCAAUUACAAAUACAUGCAUUUUCUCAAUUUAUAGAAACGAUAACACGUUUAAUACGAGAAGCACCAGUCUUAUUUAAUGUUGCAGAAUUGUGUUUUCAAAUUAUUGAACUUGUAGCUUCUGAAUUAUCACAUCAUGUAACAGCUGAAGUACGAAAGAAAUUAAUGGAAGUAACAUGUCAUAAACUUAAACAAUAUUUAAUUACAGAGCCGAGAUCUUGUACUGUCUUAGAAGCUAAAAAAUUUUUGGCUUACUUCACACAUUGUCCGACUAUUAUUGACGUUUUUAUGCAAUUUGUUUUUAUUGAUAUUAGACGAACUGUUAUACCAGAGAAGACAAUUUUUGCCACGGAAAUUAGCGAACCGUGGAAAUUACUAAGAAAGGAAUUAAUGACUCAUAUGCAGAUGGAAAAAUUUACAGAAGUACUACACAUUGUGAAAUCUUCGUCUCUAUUACAAUUAUGGUUGGAAGAACGGAAGAUUCAAGUAAAAUUAUACGAGAAUGACUUAAACGUUAUACUAAAAACACUCAUGCAAAAUUUGAAUUCUGAUAAAUGCCAAGAUGUGGAAGUUAUUUUUCAAAUUUUAAUGAAUUUAAUGGCUCAUAGUGAAUCGAAUAAAGUUUUAUUGCAAUCAAUAUUAGCCUUGCCAUUUACUCAAGAUUUCAAAGGAUCUAUGGAUAUCAGUCAAAAAAUGGUGCAGAAAGCGAAGUCUCUCAAUGUUGACACUAUGUCAAAGUGUCUUGAAACCUUAUGCGCGUAUGGCAGUGGAAAAGAACGAUUAAAAUUAUUACGCGCGUGUAUAUUAAAUAAUGAAACGCAAGUAGCUGUUGUAGCAGUAUCAAACAGUGUAUUACUGUUGAAUGAUAAGACCAUAAUAUUGGAAGAUGUUUGCCAAUAUGUUUUGAACACUGCCUUAUCUUCGACAAAAGUAGAAGUACAUGAAGCUCUUGCAAGUGUUUUAGGACAGGUAGCUUGUGUCUCAUCAGGAAAGGGCAAAAUUAUCAGCAAAUCCUCAAAUGAUGGAAAAUGGACAAUAUAUUGCAAAUGCUGUACAGAGAAUGUGAAAGAAAAUGUUGAGUCCAAUGUGAAUUGUCUUCCAAGAACCAAUGACAAUAUUUUUAAUACGUACUUUACACUACUGUCUUCAUCAAACGUCUCGAUACGUUUGAAUAUUUCUAAAAGUAUUCUGUCUCUCUCAAACCACAUAAAGUUAUUCAACUCAAAUGAAGUAGCAAAGAAAUGGCUCCCUUACAUAUAUGACGAUAAUAUAGAGAUUCGCUCAAAUAUCGCAUCAGUGAUCGGACAAUUAUUGAAUAAUAAAAUUUCUAUGUUGGAAAACGAACAUUUGCCAGAUAUGGUGCCAGAUGAUUUGGAUGAAUUCGUUGACUUAGUAAUUGAUGUUAUAGCUGACAAUCUCAUCACUGCAGUGGAUACCUCGAAUCAUUCCUUACAUGAUACACUACUCAUUACUGCAAAAAAUUUUGUAUGUGUUCCAUUACACUUGACGGAGAGAAGAAUUAUAAACAUAUUUCUUUUUACAAUACUACAUCCAAACUCAUCGCCUGCAGCCGUAGCAUGUGCCACAGUCGCGUAUAAAGACGUUGCUGACUUCCUAAAUGUUUCUCCAAAGGCCUUGUACAUUCGAUAUCGAAAAGAUAUUUUAAAGCUCAUAAUGGACCGUGCAGUUUGUAAUCACUUUGAAUUUUCGUAUAAUAUGGCGACUACAGUACAUCGUGUUGCUAAAUGCAUAGGAUACGAAGGAUCGCGUCAUUUGCUUCGUAAAGAUGGCCAUUACGCGAUCUGCUUUCUAAUUGCCGCUAUUGUUGAAAUACCAGAAACAGAACCACUUUUACAUGAUAUAGCCGAAUUAAUAAAUAUGGACAUAAAGAAGAUGCUUGAAGAAUAUUUUCCGUACAUUUGUAGUUAUUCAUUCUUGGAGACACCUUUACGAAUAUCUACGGAAUGUUUGAAAUUGGUUACAAAAAUCACUAAAUGUAGUCUCGGAUUUCUUACAAAGCAAUCAUUUAUGGAAAUUUUUGAGGAACUUAUGUUAAAUUUUUAUCAGUCUCCUAAGAAGAUAGAAGGCUUUUUAGAAAUUAUUUCAGAAUAUGACAGUAACCACAAAGGGAAUUUUGCUACACAAGAGCAAAUUGCAUCGUAUUUGAAUCUACGCUUGCAUGGUAUAUUGGUGAAUUUCGAUAUAAAACUUGGUCCCAAAUCAGACGAAUAUACGCAACAAUCUGCACUUGCUUCACUAGCUGUUUUAAUUCGAUACAUGGGUGCUACCUACUUAACUCCACUUAGAUACAAAAUUCUGGCCACGUUACGAACCUCGCUUGGAUUUAAAAGACCCGGUUUUCCCGGCUUAGUUUGCGAUGCGUGGGAUGCGUUUAUUCACAACAUAGCCAUGGAAGAUUUAGGACCAUUAUUCCCAACAAUAUGCGUAUCAUUAAUGCCAUUGCAGAAGACAUUUCCUGAAAGAGUCAAUAAUAUGUUAGAAUUUCUGAUUAUUCAAAAUGCGGGAGGAGAUAAUAAUCACAUCUCAGAGUUAUUCUUCAUAGAUGACAUGGAAGUUCCUACUCGCAUAUCUAACAUAGUCAAAGCAUAUAUACUGCAAGCGAGACCCGAGGGAUUUGAUGCCAAUUUAAAAUUAUGGUUAAAACGGAUCACUCAUGAGACCGACGAAGUGCGAAUUAGGGCUCUGAAACAUUUGCAAACAUUUCUGAAAGAACACCGCAGUGAGCUUAAUCAAAUGAUAUUAAGUGAAACCGACGUCCAUCCGCUAAUUGUUGAAUUAUUAGAUACUCUAUUGAUUGGAUGUCAAGAUAAAGAUGAAUCUAUUCGUUUAUGUUAUGGAGAAUGUCUUGGAGAAUUAGGAGCGAUCGAACCGAGUCUUCUUCCGCGAAGAAUUAUUUCUAAAGAGGAUAGUAAAUUUAUAUCUGAUAUGAACGAGGAGUUUGCGUGUGCAUUACUCUCUGAACAUGUACGAGCUUUUCAAGUGCAGAAAAAUAGUCAAAGUAUGGAUUGUUUUUCACUCGCUAUACAGGAAAUAUUAAGAGCAUACGACAUUUCUCCGCAAGGCCGAAAUAGUGAAUUAUGGAAUAAUUUGCCUUCCACAACGCAACAGAUUAUUAGUCCUUUCUUGACAUCACAUUAUAAAAGAAAGGAAGAGGCUAUUACUGACGAUAAUGAGUUUCCUCAUCCUAUUUAUGGUUCUGAAGUAGGUUCCUCAGUCGAAACCUGGGCUUAUUAUUGGCUUUGCAGUAUAUCCAAUAAUGUACAGGAUACAACUCUCAAUAAUGUACUGCAGGCGUGCAAAUUAGCUUUCAAACGAGACAUAAAAACGUUGACAUUUUGUCUACCAUAUAUCGUGUCCUAUAUAGUUGCAAAUAAUAGUGAAGAGGAAUGUAUUAAACUUAAAGAGGAGAUGUUAGCCGUGAUUAACGUUAGAGAGAAACCCGUAUUAGAUCCUGAGCUUUUACGUCAUUAUCCACUUCGAUACGGCCAGAGCGUGAAAGCUGAUGACAAGAGAAUCUCAGAGGAAACUAAACGUACACGUUGCUCGCGGGUGGUUUUUAAUAUUUUGGAUCAUUUGCAAAGAUGGCUCAGAGAACGAAGAUUAUUUCAAGAUAGCAGAUAUGAGGCAAUAAAAAAAUUUUGCAGUAUGUUAGAUAGUCUGAUGGUGGCAGAAGUUUGUUACCAAUCGCGGGAAUAUCAUCGGGCAUUGAUAUAUUUAGAGCAACAUAUGGCCUCUAGCAAUAAAGGUUUAUCAGAACCGACGGAAGGUGGUUUGCUCGCUAAAAUUUAUGCACAGCUUGAUGAACCGGAUGGAAUAUCCGGUAUUCUAGCAACUCAAAAUGAAGCUCCCACUUUGCAACAAUUGGUUCUAGCUCAUGAAGUCAACGGACAGCUUCAGGAUGCGGCUACGUGCUACGAAAGACUCGCGCAGAAAAAAGACUUAAAACAUACCUAUUUGCAAGGUAUGAUUCAUUGUUAUCUUGGUCUGGAUCAACCAUUCACUGCCGAGCACAUUACUGAGGGCAUGUUGAGUAGCAGGCCAGAAUUGGAGCCUCUUCUAACUGAACGUGAGCUUUUUUGGAGACUCGCUCACUUUUCCCGAUUUGAGGAGACUCCGCAGAAAAAUAUAAAACAUGUAUUACUGGAUGACCUUGUAAAAGGUACCAAGCCAGACUUACUGUCGUUAAAGAAGAAUCUAGUAUCACUAUUAGAGGAUGCUUCUCAACCAGGAGUCUAUCAACAGAGUUAUUCAUACAUCAUGAAAUUACAUAUAUUGAACGAAUUUGAUAAGGCAAUGUCAAUGAUGUUGAGCAAUGUGGAGGGUCUUCCAAUGAUACUGGAAGAGUGGGAAAAACGCGGACAAUUAUUGAGAACAUCCCGUGGCGUAGAGUUUGUUCUGAGUAUGCGUAGAGCUACUUUAGAUUUAGCUGUACAAUUGCAACGAAAGACUCGUAAUACUGAGAAUUUAACACUCAAGCAAGAAAUCGGAAAAAUUUGGUUAAAGAGUGCGAAAAUUGCUAGGAAAGCUGGCUUGCACCAACAAGCAUAUAUGCAUAUCUUAUCGGCCAGUGAUUCGUGCCCACCGCAGUUAUUGUAUGUAGAACAAGCUCAAUUGUAUUGGCAAAAAGGUUGUCAAGAAGACGCUUUCACUACUUUGAAUCGUUGUUUUUCAAAUUGCUUUCAACCAGCACAAUAUUACAAGCAAUUACCUUCCGGGGAAUGUACCGCAGAGCGGAAACAGUUUGCAAAGGCAAAGUUGCUGUUUGCAAAAUAUAACGACGAAACUCUCAACGUUGAUACAGAUGGUUGUAUCAUUAACUAUAAAGAAGCAAUAGACGUAUGGAGAGGGUGGGAUAAAAGCUGGUUAUCUUGCGCUCAAUAUUACGAAGCUGUUGUCGAGAGGAUGCCAGAAGAUGAUAGACAUAAAAGUAGACGCGACCUGCAAGUGCAUAUGAUGAAUUGUUAUGGUAAAUCACUUCAGUAUAGCUGCAAAUAUAUUCACUACUCAAUGCCGAAGAUGUUGACCGUUUGGUUGGAUCUUGCCUCUCGUGCUACAAUCACUACUGACCCAAUAGAUGUUAUUAGAUCUCGUCAAGAUUGUUUGUCGAAGAUGACUAAGAUCAUGGACGUCUAUCAUCAGAGAUUACCAACGUUCAUGUGGUUGACAGCAUUCAGUCAACUUGUGUCUAGAAUUUGUCACCCAUCUCCGGAAGUGCAGAAUACUCUCCGUGCAAUUCUAGUAAAUUUGAUUAUAGCGUAUCCUCAGCAUUGCUUAUGGAUGAUGGCAUCAGUUUUUAAUUCUUCAUAUUCAGCGCGACAGAAAAGUUGCCAAGAUAUAUUAAACCAUCCACAGUUGAAAACACUGGAAAUGUCUAAGCUUAUCAGAGAUUUUCACAGACUUUGGGAAAAAUUGAUCGAGUUAUCUAAUAAAACAAUACCAGACAACAUAGUAAAUACCACGGUGACUCAAUUGUCGAAGAAUUUACCGAGAUUGCUUGCGAGCAAAGAUUUCAGUCCAAUUAUGAUGCCAACAACGAAAUUCAGGCAGCUGCAUCUUCCAUCCAAGAAUGCUUCACUAGAUAAUCAUAAUCCAUUUCUACUGAAAUGGGUGCACAUAUCGAGAAUAGAAGAUAACGUGGUAAUAAUGCCAUCGCUUCAACGGCCACGACGAAUUACAUUAAGAGGAUCGGAUGGCAAAAAAUAUCUUUUCAUGUGUAAGCCAAAAGAUGACUUACGAAGGGAUUUCAGAUUGAUGGAAUUUAAUGACAUCGUAAACAAAUACCUUCAAAAUGAUCCCGAGUCACGUCAAAGGAGACUCUAUAUAAGGACAUACAGCGUGGUGCCGUUAAACGAAGAGUGCGGUUUAAUAGAGUGGGUACCAAACUUAGUCGGUCUCCGACCUACCAUUAUGAAUCUGUACAAAGAAAAAGGCAUUUUAAUUUCAUCUAGAGAACUUAAAACGAUGGUGUGUGCGUUAAAUGACCUAUUAGACAAGAAGAGGCAAGUAUUUAUAGAAAAACUAUUGCCACGACAUCCAGCUGUAUUCGCAGAGUGGUUUCGCAUUAUGUUUCCUGAUCCAUAUGGGUGGUAUGAAGCUCGUACAGCGUACAUCAGGACCACCGCUGUUAUGUCCAUGGUGGGUUAUAUACUCGGGCUUGGCGAUCGUCACGGAGAGAAUAUAUUGUUUGAUUCCAAAUGCGGAGAUUGUGUACACGUUGAUUUCAACUGCUUAUUUAAUAGGGGUGAACAGUUUGACUGGCCGGAACGUGUACCAUUUCGCUUGACUCAUAACAUGGUGGAUGCUAUGGGUCCUUUAAAAAUUGAGGGACCAUUCAGACGUGCUUGUCAAGUUACUAUGCGAGUACUUCGGCAACAAUCGAGCACAUUGCUGAGCGUACUCACGCCUUUUGUAUAUGAUCCACUUGUCAGUUGGAACAAAAAACAAGCCGGUGAUGCGGCUGAAAAAACGAAUGAAAAGGCUGUAGAAAAUAUAAAGAACAUCGAGCAACGAUUGAAAGGUUUGAUUCGGUAUCCUGGAAGAAAAGCUGAAAAUAUUGCAUUACAUCUCAGUGUCGAAGGACAGACUAAUCAUUUGAUUUUAGAUGCAACAAAUAUAGAUAACUUAUGCCAGAUGUACUUUGGUUGGGGUGCAUAUUUGUGAAAAGUAUAGGAUUACUCAUGGAGCAAAACCCCAUACGGGCAAUAGAAUUCAGAACAGCAAUUUUUUAAGAAAAUUUUUGUUAUAUUUGCAGUUAUAAUUUAAAGACCUACCAGACAAAUUAUGAGACUGCUGGCUAACGUUUGCAGGAAUAUUGGAUUAAAAACCAUUUCCAUAUGAUCACAAAACCUAAAUGUAACAUUAUUAUUUUUCAUAAUCACAGAUACUGCUUAAGAGUUUUUAUUUACAUAAAAUUAUUGAAGAACUAUAUAACAUAUAAUGUUUAAUAAUAUGUACUAAAUAUAAGAUUAUUAGAGUUCUCUUUAAUUGACUUUUUAAUCGUUAUUAUAAUUUUAUUUCUUUUUUUGUAAUAUCAGAUUUUUCAUUCACAUUUAUAAUUUUUUUAUAAUUAUGGUACAUUAGUUUCUUCUGAGCUGACACUUCGAAGCAACAUAAAGUAUGAGACAGCAGUGCUCAAUACCUGCAAAUCAAAAUUAGAAUAUUUUUUGUUUAUCUUAUAAUAAGUGAGAUGUAUAUGCAUAACAUUCUUACUGAGUUGAAAUUCUCCAAAUGCAUUACGUAGAAUCUUCCUGCAGUAAUUUUACUUGGCUCCUGACUACGCAACAUAGGCAAACAUAUCUCGUUUUUAAAGGAAACUGGCAAUUUAUACCAACUGGUUGAAUAUAGUGUUUUACUGAUUGCGAAACUCUAUGGCAUAGAUAAAAUGUGUAUGAUGAGUUUGUUUCUUAUUGUAUUAAUUUUGUUAUUUCGUUACUUACCUCAUUUAUUAGAAUAUCACCAGGAAUACAAAAAAGUAACAAUUGGAAAAGUGCCAUUAUUAAAUAUGAAAAGUAUUUAAUCAAUUUAGAUUUUGCUGCUAAUUCCUACUAAUAAAAUUCGAUGUAAACAUAAGAUUGCCAAUAUAAUAGAUUUUCGAGGAAAUUUUGUUAUACUUGCAGUUGUAAUUUGAAGACCUACUAGACAAAUUAUGAGACUGCUAGCCAAUGUUUGCAGGAAUAACAUUGGACUAAAAACCAUUUCCAUAUGAUCACAAAACCUAAAUGUAACAUUAUUAUAUUUCAUAAUCACAGCUACUGCUUAAGUUUUUAUUUAGAUAAAAUUACCGGAGUAUUAUAUAAUGAUGUUUAAUAAUAUGUAUUAUUUGUAACUUGAUUUUUCGCACAGAAUCUUCUUUAUUGUGUGCGUAUGGUACCUGGAUAGAAUAAAAAAAUCUUUUACGUAAUAUAUCUACAAGCAUAUGACAAUAGGCCACUACAUGCGUUUUAAUUUAUAGUAAUUGUAAUGAUAAAUUGUAUGGAAAAUUGUUAAGUAAUUAUAUACUGACGAAGCCAAUUUGAACGUUAAUAUUUUUUAUCUUUUCUUGAAGUAUUUUGAAAUGGCCACAUGUAUGAAACAACGCUGUUGCAAUUAAGGUGUCAGUUCCCAGGAUAACAAGACCACAUAAGCUCGUUGCUAUCACUUGCGAAAGAUAAACGAUCUACAUAACCAAAGAUACAAGUGUUACUAUUCUAAAUUAAACGCGAAAAUGAUAUUGUUCUUACCUCGUAUAUCGGAAAAUUAUAAUAAGAUUUAGGAUAUAAAGCUAAGAAUGGAAAAUGUUUUGUAUUGUUAUCAUUAGAUCCAACAUUGUUAUCGUUAGUGAUUGUAGUAAUAAGUAUUUCAAUUAGAGGUAGACUGAAGAAAAAUAGUAAAGAAUUACAAAUUAAAAAUACAUAUCCUUUAGUAAGCUUU